UGGUUGGUUGUGUUUCGAUGAUUGACGUGCUUGUCAGCCUGUCGAGUGUCUACGAGAAGGGCCAAUCAGGGCAAAGAUUGCUUCAUUUGCAGGUUUCCAUGUGAUUUCUGUCCGUCAACUUCCGGGUUAUUGCAGCAGUUGGUUGUCCAUGUGGUUUAGAAAAUCUAUACAUUUAUAUAAAUAUUAUGAGCUGUGAACGGGGUAACGUUGCAAGGAAGCGAGCGCAAAAGCACCAGAAUGUCAUUGUGUUUAAAAAUGAUAAGUAUGACAAAAGUAAUAAGACGAAGAGGCUAAAUGCUAUCGUACAUACAGGUGUAUGCAAGCGAUGUAAGGAAGUGUUGGAAUGGAAAAUAAAAUAUAGCAAGUAUAAGCCACUUAGUCAGCCUCGGAAAUGUGUUAAAUGCCUUCAGAAGACGGUGAAGGAUUCGUACCACAUUAUGUGUAAACCAUGUGCCUUCAGACUGGAGCUCUGUGCCAAAUGUGGGAAGAAGGAAGAGAUUGUGCAUCUGCUGUCCUCUUCAGAAACCCAAAAUAGAGAAGGUGAUGCUGAAACAAAUCCUGACACAAGAAGUUGCAUAAAAGGGAGCGAAGGCAAAGGAGAUGCCGAAUGCAUUGAUGACUCUGAUUUUGAUGGUGAUGAUGAGAGUGAUGGAGCAACAUCCGUUGAGACUUUAACUUCUGUAUCCAACCAACAAAUUAAUGCCCCAUUGCAGGAAUUAAAACUGUUGAAGAGCAAACAGAUGACAGCCCAGGGAGAACUGGACUUUUCCAGCUUGAAUCUUGAGGAUUGAGCCACAGCCAGUAUAAAUGAAACAGCUUGAUCAUUACUGUGGUCGGUUACAUAACUGUAUUCUAGGUUCAGUAUAUCUGACAUGAAUGUGAACCAAAGCAUGUUUUUCUUUUAGCUUCUUUGCACAGAUAGGAAUGUGUAAUGUUGUCAGAAUCCUGUGAAAGAGAGGGUGGAGAUAUUAGAGCAAGCAUAUUGACUGCCAGUUUCAGUCCAUUAGGUCCACUGUCUGAACUGGAUGUGCAGCAGUGGAUUUUGAGAACAGUUGAUGCUGAUAUAUUGUGUGCUCAGGUCUAAACACAGACAUCUUUCUCAUAAUGAGGCAAUCGAUUAAACUAAUGAUUUAGAGAACUGUUGAAAAAUGUGACUUAACCAUAUGUAGGGUAUAAUUCUGAUUGAUGACAAGUAUUAUUUGAUUUCAUGAAAAUUUGACAUUAUUAUUGACUUGAGCUGUUGCUACAAAGUGGAACAAUUUAUAUUAUUUAUAAUGUAGUGGUUAGACUUUAUGCUGAAAAAUUUGUAUUUUAUAAUUUCUCUAAAAUAAGAUACAAUCUUGAGUAUCUUCUGCUGAGUCACAAAUAAAACCACAGAAUGUACUCAAUACCCACUUUAUUAGGUAAAGGAGUGAAACCUGCUGUAGCCUAUCCACUUCAAGGUUCGACGUGCUGUGCUUUCAGAGAUGCUCUUCAGUAUACUGUUGUAACAUGGUUAUUUAACUUGCUGUUGCCUUCCUGUCCACUUGAACCAGUUUGGCCAUUCUCCUCUCCCUUUCUCAUUAACAAGGCCCUUUUAGCCAUAGAACUGUGCUCUCGAUGUUUUGUGCACCAUUCUCUGUAAACUCUAGAGACUGUUGUGUGCUAAAACCCCAGGAAAUCUGUUUCUGAGAUAUUCAAACCACCCGUUUGGCACCAGCAAUCAUUCCACUGGCAAUGUCACUUAGAUCACGUUUCUUCUCCAUUCUGAUGUUUGGUCUGAACAAUAACUUGCCUCUGCAUGUUUUUAUGCAUUAAGUUGCUGCCAUGUGAUUGACUGAUUAGAUAUUUGCAUUAAUAAGCAGAUGUACCUAUUAAAAUGGCCACUAUCAUUCUUUCCCUGCCUCAAUGGGAUAAGCCUCUACAGAAACCCAUGUAAGUAAUCCUGAAGCAACCUCCACAUUUCCAUUGUAUAUUUCCUUGAGUACAUCCAUUCCCAAUUAAUGGCCACAAGUUCCUGCCUAAUAGCAUUAUAAUUUGUCCUCUUCCAAUUAAAUACUUCCCCAUACCAUUUACUACCAUGCAAGGCUAUGCUUAAGGUCAGGAAGUUGUCUCGUUUGUGCGAGAUGGAGCAGAAGGUGUCUACAGACAGGAUUCAAGGCACGUUAUGUAAACAAGCUCCAAAAUGUUCAGCCACUGAGAUAUGUCACCCGAUCAGGGUCAUCAUGUAGUACCAGGUCCUAUAAGGCCUAUCCUCUAGUCGACCUGAUUGGCAAUUUCACAUCCAGUUCUCUUUUAAACACCCCCACCUUAUUAUUUGUUUAGAGGUACAGCAUGAUAACAAGCCAACACUGCCCCAUUAUACCCAUGUGACCAAUUAACCCUCUAACCUGUAUGUCCUUGGAAUGUGAAAGGAAAUUGGACACCCUGUGGAAACCCAUGCAAUCGUGAGCAAAGGAAUUGAACCCGGAUUGUUGAUACUGAAAUAGCAUUGCAUUAAUCGCUAUCCUACCGUGCCACCUCAAAAAUCUUUGGAACUCCCCGUUAUGUAAUCGAACCUAGUUUCCCGCAUAACAUGUGGUGUUACUAACCACUAUACCAACAAGGUAUAUCCAGCAGCCAUUCCUGCCCUUGUAACAGCCAAAUCUCAGUAAUGGCCAAGUUUGUCAAUCCUUGUUCCUGAUACUUUUCACAUAAAAGGAAACACACUUCAACCCAUCCAAUUGACUGCAAUUGUGCCCCAUUCACUGAAUAUCCUUCCUCACAGUCUCUCAAUACAUUGAAUCUAUAUUUACACCAACUGCUCCAUCAUCUGACCUAUCAUUCUUGUUUCCACUCCCUGUCAUUGACGUAAAUCCUCCCCAACAGCUCUGGCAAACCUGCCCACAAGGACAUUGGUCCCUCUCAUGUUCAGGUGUAAUCUGUACCUUUUAUACAGGUCAUAGCUUCCCCUGAGGAGAUCCCAAUGAUCCACAAGUUUGAAUAACUGCUCCCCACACUAAUUUUUCAGCCACACAUUCCAUCUGCGAUAUUGUCCUAUUCUUAUACUUACUGGCAUGUGGCAGAGACAACCAUAAAGAGAUUACUAUCCUUGAAAACUUGCUUUUUAGAUUCCUUCCUACCUCUCUAUAUUCACUCUUCUCUUUUCCUAUCUAUCUUAUUGGUAGAAAGAUGCACCACUCUGUCUGUCUGCUCUCCCUCCCCCUUAAGAUUGCCAUGGACUUGAUUUGAGUGGUUCCUGACCCUGGUACCUGGGAAGCAGCAUACCAUCCUGAGUAUCACAUCCACAGAAUCUCCUGUCUGCACCCUUUAACUAUUGAAUCCCCUAUCAUCACUACACCCCUCUGCUCCCCCUCCACUUCUCACCCACAGAGCCUCGCUCAGUGCCAAGGACCUGGACUUUGUAGUUUUAUCCUAGUAGAUCAUCCCACCCCCACCCAACA